AAUAGUCACAUUGCUGGUAUCAAAAGGAUCAGCUAUGGGACAUACCAUGAUGUGAUUAAAGAAAACCCAGAUGUUGAGUUUAAAGUUACUAGUGCAGAAAUAUCCAUUUUAUCGUAUCAAAAAAUCAUGAAACUGUCGCAAAGAGAUAAUGAUGAGGAAGAUGUACCUACCUUUGAUACAGAUGAAAUUUGUGCACUCGUGAAGAGUUUAUCAUUAUUUGAUGAAUACGGUAGAGGAGCGAUUGCAUGUGCAGUGUGCGUGCAUUUGUUGAAUAAUCCUGAGCUGCUCCAGAAAAUGAAAAAUUAUAAGAACGAUCCUAAUAACGGCCAGUAUAACGAGUCAACUAUGCUUCUCUCCAAAUAUAUAUUUUGA